UGGCUGCGUUAAUUACAGGUCCCGGGGCUGCACUCUGAGCUCACUGCGCUUCUGGAGCCUCUUGAGAAAAAGCUGCACACCAGAUUCUCACGACACAGAUAAACCACACACAAAUACACGGAGGAGCACACGCCCCCCCACCUCAGUGCCGCGGAAACCAGUCAAAAAGCUGCUGGAGGACAUUCCUCUGCGUCCUGAGCCAAAUUCAGCGCGCAAAGAUCAGCAGGAGGAACGACGCGCGCGGCUUUUACGCAUUUUGUCACAGUGCUUCGAAGGAUGAGGAGCGUCGGUCCUCACUGACAAAGAAGAGAAGGUGAGGAGGAGGAGGAGGAGGAGGAGGAAGAGGAGAGCAGGAGCAGGAGCUGCCUGUCCGGCGGUCAGAAGACACGAUGGGAGACAAAUAAGAAAAAUCAACUCACGCACCAAGACGCACAGAUCGCCAUGGCUGUGGACGCUGCAUCCAGUUUCAGUUUCUGCAGGCCAGCUGUGGAGUACAGGGCGCUGCCUGAGGACUUCAAGCACCAGCUCAGUCGAUGGGGCAACUUAACCUGGCAUGACGGGUGUGGUCAGAAAACAGCAGGAGGCAGAACGGUGAAGCUGCUGCAGCAGCCGGGGACAGAAGCCCUCCAGCUGCAGCACUGUUCCAGUGACAAUUAUGGGAUCUACCACACCAGCCCGACCCAGCCCAGCCUCAUCCGGCCCGUCGUGCUCUGGACACAGCAAGAUGUCUGUAAAUGGCUCAAGAAACACUGUCCACACAACUACCUGACAUAUGUAGAGGUGUUCUCUCAUCAUGCCAUCACAGGUCGUGCAUUGCUGCGUCUGAAUGGGGAGAAGCUGGAGAGGAUGGGAUUAGUUCAGGAGACGCGACGACAGGAGCUUCUGCAGCAGGUGCUGCAGCUUCAAGUGCAGGAGGAGGGACGCAACCUGCAGCUGCUCAGCAGAGGUUCAUUUGGGAAAAUAUCUUAACCAGGUUUUGUCCAAAUGGAGCAAAUAAAUCAGCAGAUAUUCACUAAAAACGUAACUGUGAAUUGAUCAAAGGACGAAUACCACCACGGAGGUGGAAGACUUAUUUACUGUGACGCAUCAUGAUUGUGUCAUU